AGUUCUAAACUAUUAGGCUCUUUUGUAUUGACAUAUUACUAAUAGCAGUAUUAUUGAAUGUAAUUGGAGUGUGGUGGUAGGUGUUCAGGUGGUAAUGCGGGGGUUGGGGUGUGGCGUAUAGCUUUAAGAGCUCCUCCUCCUCCUCCUCCUCCUCUGCCGCUGUCCUCCUCCGUGUAGGUGCUGAAACACUCCAACCGUUUCAAUCCCUGAGCAGCCAUGGCAGAAAUAAAGACGGGCAUUUUCGCCAAAAACGUCCAGAAGAGGAUCAGCCGGGCUCAGGAAAAGGUGCUGCAGAAGUUGGGGAAGGCUGAUGAGACAAAAGAUGAGCAGUUUGAACAGUGUGUUCAGAACUUCAAGAGGCAGGAGUCUGAGGGUGCAAGGCUACAGAGGGAGAUGAAGGCUUAUAUAGCAGCUGUGAAAGGAAUGCAGCAGGCCUCCAUGAACCUGACAGAAUCUCUUCACGAAGUGUACGAGCCUGACUGGCAUGGCAAGGAUGAUGUGAUGUCUAUUGGAAAGAAUUGUGAUGCAUUAUGGGAAGACUUCCAUCAAAAACUGGUGGACUCCACAAUCUUAGCACUGGACACAUAUUUGGCUCAGUUCCCUGAUAUCAAGGUGCGUGUAGCGAAGCGGAGCAGAAAGUUAAUUGACUACGACAGUGCAAGGCACCAUUUUGAGACCCUGCAGACAUCUGCCAUUAAGAAUGAAAGAAAGGUCGCAAAGGCAGAAGAAGACUUGAAAAAGGCACAGAAAGUGUUUGAUGAUCUGAAUGUGGAUCUGCAAGAUGAGCUGCCCAAUCUGUGGGACAGUCGAGUGGGCUUUUAUGUGAACACCUUCAAGAGUGUCAGCAGCCUGGAAGCCAAAUUUCACAGGGAAAUCUCAGUUUUCUGUCACAAGCUGUAUGAGGUGAUGAACAAGCUUGCAGAGCAACACUCAGACAAAAUGUUCACCAUUCAAGGAGCACCCAGUGACUCGGGUCCACUGCGCUUGGCCAGAACCCCAACACCUCCUGAGGAUGAGAGUCCAGAGGACAGCCCUGUUGUCAGCCCCAACCACACACUGAGACCUACUUCACCUGGCCCUCCUCGACCUAAAUCCCCCUCACAGCUCAAGAUGGGACCACCAAAGCCUCCUCCUCCCAAAGUCACUCCAACCAAGGAGAUGCCCCAAGAGCAAAUCAUCAACCUGUUCGAUGGAGGCUUUCCAGAGAUCAGUGUUACCUCACCACAGCCAAAUGAGAAACCCACAGAAUCUCUCCUGGACUUGGACUUUGACCCAUUCAAGCCAGACAGCAAUCAAACCAUUGGUCAAACCCAGUCAUCUGCAUCUCAGGCAUUAUCCUGGGAUCUUUGGACGACAAAUACUGAGGCCCAGCCUGCUUCAGAUGCUGGUUUCAAUGCCAACUGGACGGCUGACUUUGGUUCUGCAGCUCAAGAUUUGGGAGAUGUUCAGCCUGCAACAGAUGGGCAAGGUUGGCCUCCUGCAGAAGGAUGGUCCACAGAUACAGUGCCCCAAGGAGAAGCCACAGGCGAGGUGGAUUCCUCAGUUCCAACUUUUGUGGCUGACUUUGAUAAAAUGUCUGAGGCCCCAGAAGGGGCAGAAACUGGUACAGAAGCAGCCCCAGAGGGAUUGGGAGAGGGGGAAGGGGAGGUGUCCCCAGCCCAGGCCCCAGAGGCUGAGGGCAGUGUCACAACUCCUCCUGAACAAACCACUACUGAACCGGCAGAGACCACUGCUGCUAGCAGCCCACCUGCAGAGACUGAUUCUAGCAUAGUGGAGUCUUCUGAAGCUGCUGAAACUAUGGCAGCAGAGCAGACUGAGACCACCCCAGUUGAUGAGACUGAGAAAGAACAACUCAUCCAAGCGUCUCCGGAGGAAUCUGCUCCAGUAGCAGAACGAGGAGAGGAGCCAUCUACAGAGGCUCUGGCACCUGCAGAAGAUAAAGAGUCUCCCAUUGAAGAGACUCCGACCAUAGAUAACAAACCAGAAGAUGCAACCAGUACAGUAGAGACCAAACCGGAAGAUGAAACCGCUACCCUAGAGGUCAAACCAGAAGAAGAAACUGGUACAGUAGAGAUCGAACCAGAAGGAGAAACUGGUACCAUAGAGGUCGAACCAGAAGGAGAAACUGGUACCAUAGAGGUCGAACCAGAAGGAGAAACUGGUACCAUAGAGGUCAAACCAGAAGGGGAAACUGGUACCAUAGAGGUCGAACCAGAAGGAGAAACUGGUACAGUAGAGAUCAAACCAGGGGAUGAAACCAGUAAGGAAGGGGCUUCAAAGAAUUUUGAAGAGGAGGAAAAGAUGCCUAUUCCCUCUGUGGUCAUUGAGCCUGCUUCCAGCAAUGAGGGCGAUGAUGACAGAGAUGGUGACAUUAUAUCUCCAAUAGCAUCUAGUGAAGAUGGAGUGACACCAGACAACCAGACAGCCAAAGAUAUUUCCUCCUCUGGCAUGCCUCCAGGCUUUCUGUAUAAGGUUGAAACAAUGCAUGACUUUGAGGCUGCAAAUCCAGAUGAGCUUGAACUGAAGAGGGGAGAUAUUGUUCUUGUUGUUCCCACAGAGCUGGUGGAAGAUCAGGAUGCUGGCUGGCUCACUGGCAUCAGGGAGAGUGACUGGCUACAUCAGGGAGCCUCUGCUCAGAAAGGAUUAUUUCCAGAGAAUUUCAUACAGCGAAUGGACUAAAGCCUCAGAGCAUGCUGGGACACGACGUAUAAAAGCCAAGAGCUGCAGACAGUCCUAACACUACAGUGCAGUCUGGAGCCCUGACACACAGUUGUGGAUCAGAGCGAACAAAGCAAAUCAUAUCUAAGAGGAAAAUACACAAUCAACAAAAUGCGAGGACACAAAAGCUCUACUCAGAUUGUAAAGAAAAUAACAGAGCAUGAUGCGAUAGUAUGGUCUACCUUACUCUUGAAUUGAGAGUUCUCUGUUUAUGUUUGUUUACUUGUAAGCAGCAACGAAUUGAUGUGUGCUUUUUUGGAACUGUGGUGACCUCCACCUGUAAUCCCUGUAAUCUGUUUAAAGGUAAAUUAUGCUCUAAAGACAAAAAAAUAUUUUCUCUGCAAGUGUAUCGUAUCGAGUUUGUUGCUCUGCAGCAAAUUUUAUCCAAAUUUGUAGUGAUAUGAUCUAUUUAACCGUUCUAAGUGUUACGCAAGACUUCAAUGUUUCCUUUAAGACAUUUCCAACCUAAAUGUUACCUUGCAUCCUUGUUAGUGUUCUCUGUAGUUUUAAUGGCUGGACAUGUAUGGCUCUGGUGAUCAUUUCUGGAGAAACCAAUAUCGAUAUUUUGUGAUUUUAGUAUUAUAAGUCUCUACCUGAAGACAGAAUUCCAGAUAGAACCUUGUAAUACUAAGGGCACAAUUUGCUUAGUAAAUACUUGCUGUGCUCUUGCCAAAAUAAUAAUAAUAAUAAUAAUAAUAAUAAUAAUAAUAAUAAUAAUAAUAAUUAUAAUGAAAUCCUAAAUAUGUGACCUGAUUAAAAGAGAAAUAUGGAUAUCUGUAGAGUUAUAAACAUGAAAUGUUUCAAGAAGAACAUCCUUUUUUGG